GUAACGGACUUCCUGCUCCUCCCGUGAUGUCACGAGUGAGUGUGACGCCACAACGCGGAAGUCGCCGAAGUUUCGGGGGACCGUAGUUUGGUGACGGUGGUGGGGCAGGAGAGGAUGGCGCCGUCCGGGCUGAAAGCGGUGGUGGGAGAGAAAAUCCUGAGCGGUGUGAUUGCCAGUGUGAAGAAGGAUGGAGAGUGGAAGGUCCUGCUCAUCGAUCACACCAGCAUGCGCAUCCUGUCCUCCUGCUGUAAAAUGUCAGACAUAUUGGAUGAAGGCAUCACCAUUGUCGAAGACGUGAAUAAAAGAAGAGAACCAAUUCCCAGCCUGGAAGCCAUUUACUUCAUCACUCCCAGCGAGAAGUCUGUCCGAGCCCUGAUUUCAGACUUCAAAGACCUUGGUGCUCCUAUGUACAAAGCUGUGCACAUAUUCUUCACAGACACUUGUCCAGAGAACUUAUUUAAUGAACUGGGGAAAUCCAGAGUACCAAAAGUGAUCAAGACAUUAAAGGAAAUAAACUUGGCAUUCCUCCCGUACGAGUGUCAGGUCUACUGUCUGGAUGCAAAGGACUCUUUCCACACUCUUUUCAGCAAGGUAGAAAAGGAAGCUCGGAACAGAUGCCUGGACAUGCUGGCGGAACAGAUUGCCACGUUAUGUGAGACCUUAAAGGAGUAUCCAGCUGUCAGAUACCGCAGUGGCUAUGAGGACAACACCACCCUCGCUCACAUGGUGCAAGACAGGCUGAACGCUUUCAAAGCCGACAACCCCAGCAUGGGAGAGGGUCCAGACAAGUCCCGCUCCCAGCUUCUGAUUGUGGACCGUGGAUAUGACCCCGUGUCUCCUCUCCUGCAUGAGCUCACCUUUCAGGCCAUGGCUUACGACCUGCUAAAUAUUCAGCAAGAUAUAUACCAGUAUGAGACCACUGGCAUCGGAGACUCCCGUGAGAAGCAGGUCCUUCUAGAUGAAGAUGACGAUCUGUGGGUGGAGCUCCGCCAUAUGCACAUUGCAGACGUGUCCAAGAAAGUGACAGAAUUGUUGAGAUCUUUCUGUGAGAGUAAAAGAAUGACGACGGACAAGGCCAACAUCAAAGACUUGUCUCAGAUACUGAAGAAGAUGCCACAGUAUCAGAAAGAGUUAAAUAAGUACUCCACACACCUUCACCUGGCAGAGGACUGCAUGAAGCAUUUCAAAGGAGGCAUAGACAAACUGUGCGCUGUGGAGCAGGACUUGGCCAUGGGCUCUGAUGCUGAGGGUGAGAAAUUAAAGGAUCCCAUGAAGAUCAUUGUUCCUGUGCUUCUGGAUCCAGCCGUCAAACCUUAUGACAAGAUCCGUAUUAUCGUGCUGUAUAUUUACCUGAAGAAUGGUAUAACAGAGGAAAACUUAACCAAACUAAUCCAGCAUGCCAACAUACAGAGCGACAGCAACAUCAUCCGCAACCUACAGCGCCUGGGAGCCCGUGUGAUAUCCGGGCAGCCGUCCUCCACACCCAACAAACCCGACAGAAAGAUCCGGCCAGAGUCCACCUACCAGCUGUCUCGCUGGACACCAGCACUAAAAGACAUCAUGGAGGAUGCCAUUGAAGACAAGCUGGACAAGAAACAGUGGCCUUUUGUGUCAGAGCCCUGCAACCAAGUGAGCAGCUCUCAGGCGGCGGUGAGUGCGCGGUUCGGUCACUGGCAUAAAACGCGCAGCGCGGCAGAAUACAGAUCAGGACCCCGACUUAUUGUCUAUGUCCUGGGAGGAGUUUCCAUGUCUGAAAUGAGAUGCGCCUAUGACCUGACCAAAGCCACGGACUCAAAAUGGGAAGUUCUGAUGGGCUCCACUCACAUAUUAACACCCACCAUGUUCCUGGAUGGCCUGAAGUCUCUGGACCAGCAGCUCCCUAAGAACGAGUGAAUGCCUCCUCCAUCUUCUGUUUUAAUUUCAAGCCCUUUGGUUCGGAUCUUCACCCUCAUUCGUAACAUUCCAUAAGUCACACUUCGGCGAUGCCAACCUCCUGAGGGCACCGACCAUGGGGACAUUCUCCACUCUGCCAGUGUCCUCUCACCAUGGAGGAGCAGGUGUACCCCUUCUUUAUGUCAGUGGGGUCCACUCACUACCUUAUUAAACCAGGUUUUACCAGCGCACAAGGUUUCCUUACUCUCAGGGCCCUGGAAAAAUGAUCCUUCUUAGUUGUGUUUCUAUCAAAUGGUUAACCCAGUUUCGAUAAUAUAUAUUUUUGUAACCAGAGGGGGAAAAAAAAAAAGAUUUCUGAAGGAUAUUUAUAUUGUGAUAGUGUGCCUUACACAACCUGCUAUUCUGCCUGUCUGCAUACCCUCGCCUCCUGGGUCCACCCUCCACAGACAUUUCAUGGCCUGUGCUUCAGAUCUGGGAAAGCUGAGUAAUAUAUGGUCUAUAGUGUCGUAUUUGUAUGUAAUUAUUUCUAUCCUGUAACUAUAUGUGCACAAAACGGCUUAUUUAGGUUGGCCCCUGCUGGUCAAACUGUGUAAUAGCAACAAAAAAAAAAAAAAAUGAUUUCAUUUGUUGAUACAGGUCAUUUACUAAGGGGCCAGAACUAGUGUAUAGAAUUUUUUUUUUGUGGCGAUACAGAUGGAACAACCCUCACGGUUUGUAGUAACAAUCCCUUAUUAAUAAGGAUGGUUCCUUAUCGCUAUGUCUGCAGCAAUCUGCUUUCUAUCAAUAAAGCUUUGAGGAAUUGAAUUUUGGGGAAGGAGGCUGGUGGAUCUUCUACCACCCCCAGAGAGUUUGAUGCAGGGGAUGUUUUAGUUUCCACCAUUCGGUGUAGGAUCUCUUGACUGUUUAGCAGGAAGGACUUGUGUGAAACUGGAUGAAGAGUCCAGGGUUUGUGCACAUCCGCCCAUGUCAGUGCGUCUACAGAUGGUGCUUUGCGUUGUUUUUUUUUUUUUAUAUUGCAAAUGGAAAUAUAUAUGUGCCUUUUAAUAUAAACUAUAUACAUGUAUGUGUUUAACAGUAUUCUCCUCAUGUGAUAAUUUUCAGUCACUCCUCCAAGGGAGGUGUGAAGUAGAUGGCCCAUAGCCACCAGUUAUGAUAAAAAUCUCCCCACGGCGUGUAUAAUCUCAACCUGAUCUUUGUCAAGGAAGUCUUGACUACAGAUGAUGGGUGUUCUCCAUAUCCAGCUGCUCUGGUAGCAGCUGUAUCUCCGAGACUUUCAUGAAGAAUCUGUAAUUUUCCAAAAGGUCCACACAUCUUUUCCAUACUGGACCUGGGUUCUUCAUAAUACAGCCAGUCAUUGCAUAUGAAGACCACAAGUGACAUAGAAAAGAUAAAGAUCUAUAACCAUAAGGACUGAUGGCAUAUAUAAUUAUUACAGUCAUUACUGACCACUAGAACCACCACCAGUGCCUAGAAUAAUGGGGGCAGAGGCACCAAUGUAUCACCAGGUGGGUUUAAUGCCUCUCCCCUGGGCAUAAGGAAAUUUAGGAGGGCACGGUCAGGACUCCUCAGUAACAGCCAGUAUGAGUGGCUCCUGUUCUUGUAUCACAAGGUCAGACAUUCAGCUUCCCCGCUUCACCCCCAGGUGCCACGUUCUGUUGGGGCGUCUCUGGAAAGUCCCAGCAGUUGGGCCCCCACCAUGCAGACAUUAAUGGCAUAUCUAAUCCAUAUAUACCAUCAUUGCCUACUAUAGGAAACCUCAUUUGGCAUUCUCCAUAACGUUCUAAGCACAGGCGCCUUUGACGUGAACCCCUAUAAUAUCAGGAGAUCAUUUUGUCUGCAGUUGUCCCACAAAAAAUUUAACAUUUUUCAAACCAGCACCUGGAUCUGAACACUUUUGUAAUUGCAUGUAAUUAAACAUUUAGUCUAGCCACUGAGUUAUUCAAUAAAAUGUAUCUGUAUAGCGCCACCUGCUGUUUGUUCUUUUUCUAUAUUCUCUGUCCUGCUCACUGAGCUUGACACACAUGCUCAGCGCCAUCCUUCAACUGUCACCAGCUGCAGCAGAAUGGACAUGCCUCCUGAGAAGGUGCAUGCCCCCUAAACUGUCAGCUUGUAAUAAAUCUAGCAGAGCAAUUGCAGCAAUAAAUGUGGAGAUCUCUGGAUCCAUGUGAGGUACAGGACUGGUUCUAGCUUUGUUAGAAAGAGGUUGCCAUGUACUAAAUUAUAUCUGAUGUUUAAUUUUUCAAUUACUGAUGGGAUAACCCCUUUAAAUAAAGCUUCUCCAAUUUUAGUUGGGUGCAACCAACUUGGACAGGCACAGAUAUGAACUAUAUAGCUGCUUAUGAAGAAUUGUGAUCCUGACACCAAGGUCACCCAUGGACAGUCACACUUGCUGCAGAUUGUACUACUCUUCUGCCAGUGGUGGGCGGUCCCAUUCAAGCGAGUAAGGCUCAGAUGUAAUACUACACACGACCUUUGUAAAAGAGUGGUGCUGUUCUUGGCGUUAGAAGCUCUGCUUCUCUAAUUACAUAUUGACUUUUCUCAAGUAUGGUCUGUAGCCUUAGUGAUGGGCAGGUAUACAUAAUAAGGCUCCAUUCACACGUCCGUGGUGUGUUGCGGACCCGCAACACACCCGCCCGGCACCCC